UCCACUUUCAGAGAGAAUCCAUUUAAAGCUGUAAAAUCAUAAAAUGCUGUUCACUAUUUAAUAUUUAACUAAUUUAUCUUGAUUUCAUUAGAAACAGAAUAUUGUUGAUUAAAUAACCUGCCAACAAAUCUAUUUCACUCAGUAUAAAUCAAAAGCUGAAUUUUCACUACAUUCUAAGAUUUAAAUCGUUCUUUGUAUUAAAUAAAAUUCAACAUGAUGAUGAUGGAGUCGUCAAAUCCUGAAGCGGCUCCCGUUCCUGUCCUGUACACGACAGAAGUUGCAGAAAUGUUUGAUAAGGCGAAAGCUUACCUGGACGUGAAAAGGAACAAAGAUGACGAAAUCUUUCACCUAACAAAGGACAUAACGUAUGAAUCCAAGCGAAUUAUUUUCGUGCUGCAUCGUUUUUUCAUAUAUGAUGACGCUUGCAGAGAUGCGAAACGAAAGUUGAACAUGUUGCUGGACAGCGACAGGUAUUUUCUUGGACUGGCAAAAGCUUUGGAAGGCGAAGACAUGAGUUUGCAUUAUCGACGUUACACACACUGUGUACAAGAAUGCAUCGAAGCAAUGAUGUUCCUUCAUUUUAUAGAGCAUCGAAAAAUUCCAACCUACGAAGAUGUAAAAUCCUUUCUUGUUUGGGUGAUCAAGGAUGAAAAGUGCAACACAGACCCCUCUGCUACCGAGAAGGAUGCAAAUGAUGAUGAUGGAAGCGACAAGCCACAAGAAAUAAGUACUACUACUACUAGCAGCAGAACCUUGACCGUACCAUUAUCCCUCACAGACUACAUGCUCGGAAUUUGUGAUUUUACGGGAGAACUGAUGAAAGCUGCAAUUCCCACGUUGACCAAACCUAAAUGGCAUUCGUUCCUUUAUCAGGUCUUUGCUCUUGUUCGUGAAAUAUACGCUCAAUUUGCUGGGAUUUGUGCAGAAAAUAGAUUAUUUCGCAACAAGAUGAGCGUGAUGAGAGCAAGUGUGAUCAAAAUUGAGGCAACUGUAUAUAGAUUAAAGAUGAAAAUUUUAGUUUAUGGGAGAAUCCCUGAUUCAACAGACCUUCAAUGCAUUGAAUAUGAGGAAGGCGACUAUGGUCGUGGCAGGGUCAAUAGGGGUGGAAAUAUGAAGACCGGCAACGAUGAUGAGAGAGAUCGGGGAGAUAGUGGGGUUGAGUAAUUAAAUAAUUCGACUGAAUUGUUGCUCAAUUGAUUUUUGAACCUAUUAUAUAUAUUUCCAGCGUUUUAUAUAUCACUUUGAUAUCAAUGUUUCUAAAAAUAAUAAAAUAUGCACAAAAUAGUCAA